UCAUGUUCCUUGACCAUUAUUGCAGAAAUCCAAACGAAGAAUUAAUAAUAGGUUUGUCGCACAUUGACUGGGCAACUACUUGUGCAAAAAAGAUCUGAGUGACAAUGGUGUGUUUUGGGUCGCUAGCUUCUGUACAUGUAGCUUCUGAUCGGAAGUGAAGGUGGAGCUUACUGAUGCUUAAGUAGUGGAGAGAAGAGCCACUGUUGUCGGUGAAGUUUGGUUUGUGACUGAUAAAUAACCAAAGUGAAGGUCCAAGCGAAAUGAUUUGCCACUGAAAUCCACUCGGUUCUUAUUACUAGUAGCGACAUGCUUCAAUGACUUUGAUCGAUUUGAAGUAUGUUUUACCAUUGCUAAAUGGAAUUAGUUUCUAUUUUGUACUUUUGUGGUGCAUUGAAUUACGCUGUGAAUAGAAUUGAAACUUUUUUAACAGCGACUAACUUGUCACAGAAGUUUCUCUAUUGAUUGUGUAGAAAGGACAGUUUGGUUCUGUGCAGUGUUACGUUGCUCGAAUGAGUUUCCUUUAAAUGAGAACGUGCAGCGACUGCUGCUGAAAUACUCAUACUACUAGUAGGACUGUGAACUGAGAACAGGUCCCAGCAAGGAGUGCCAGCGCUUAGUACCAGAGCUGUACCGGGUAGAGGCUUUGCGGACCAGAAUGUCAGUGGUCAUUAAUUGCCUGCUGCAACUACUGCUGGCUCGCUUGUUGAGUCAGUACACAAGCUCUACACAGUAUCUACUUAGUGUGGGGAACACUUCUUUAUUCGUCAAACGCCCUCAAACGCAAGCCGCCAAGGAAUGAAUCGGCAAUCGGCAACAACCAAUCGAACAAGCAAUCAAAAGGCAAACCCAACUCAACAGUCUCAAACCACAAGAAGUCAACAACGCCACAGCAACAGCAACAACACUAUCGACUUGACUUGACUUCUAUCGACUCGACUCGCUCUUCCAUACUCCACUCGACCUCGCCUCCUCUAAGACUUCUCUUGCUAGCUAGCUAGUAGCUCUUGUUGCUCUUGCUGCUGCUACACACUACAAGACCAGACAGCCCCAGGCAUCGCUCGUAGAAUUCCUACUGACGUCUACGGAAAGUCUUUCGCGACCAUACAGUAUUGUACCAGUAGUCUACUGGCUAGUGCUAGACAAACGCUACGAGUACUCAUUGUAAAACAGAAAAGGUCGACCAUGGCGGAAGAAGAAGACGGCGUAAGGUACCCCGGUCAGCACGACUUCCUAUUGGGAAGAGGAGGAGAGACCAACAACCACAGUGGAAACAUCUUGUUCCGACAACUCAUCAAGGAUUACAAAGAAGCAUACCAAAAUGCACCCAAGACACAAAAGCCACUCAUCAGCCAAAAACUCGUGGCAAAGUGGAGGUCUAUGGACCCGCCUGGAAGAUUCCUAGAACGAUCUGACCCAGACAAGACAUGGAUGGAUGUGGGCGACGCUGUGGCAUGCAGAAAGACAUCCAAGGCACUCGGGGAACGAGGAAAGAGAACCAAAACGGGAAACGCACCCCAGGACACCCAUCCAGACACUGGACCAGCUCCUGCUUCUGCCUCUGCGCCACACGGUGGCGGGGUAACUCGCGCAGGAUCCAAACGAAAGCCAGAAACCCAGCAUCCAAGUGCUCCCCCCGCAAGUCAGCUCAAGCGGGCUCCUGCGUCCGUGCCGGCUGUUAUCAACGUAACCAUGCCCGCCCCACCACAGUCCAAUCCAGCCAUUGCAGCUGCUGCUAAUGCUUCGUCCGCCGCCGCUGCUGCAAACAACACGGCCGCAAACGCACACUCUGCCACACAAGACCUAUCAGCCGUCCUACAAGGUCUCGGGGUUCCAAAUGCUGCAGCUUUGGCUGCUCAACCAAAUACGUGUACCGGUACGGCUACUGGUACACCCAGCAACGCUGCCGAUGCAUUGCAUGCGCUGCUCAAACAACAGCAACAGCAAAACAGGACACAGCAGCCAAUUCAAGUCGCCAACAUUGCGGCAUUGUUGGGACAAAGCAGCAAUGCAAACGCUGCGACGCUCCAAAACACCGCUGCUGCUGCCAAUGUCAACGCACAAAGUUCAGACUUGAAUGCGUUGUUGGAACAGCACAAGAAGAACAAUGACAUUGCCCUUCUUUUGAGAAAUGCUUCCAAUCCUCCGCCCGCAACCAACACAAACCCUGGUAUUGCCGACGUUGCCGCGCUCUUGCAGCAGCAACAAGAACAAAGGAGAAUCGAAAAUAUUUCGGCGCUUUUGGGACAAACGACUCCAGCGCAGGCUGCAAACUCGGGAACGGCAAACUUGGCUGCCUUACUCGGCGGCCAGCAGCAGCAGCAACCACAGCCUCAAGCUUCUCUGGCCGCAUUGAUGGAACAACAAAAGCAGCAACAGGCGCAGCAAACUUGUGGAAUGGCUGGAAUUGCCGCGCUAUUGCAGCAGCAGCAACCACAGAGCGACGUUGCCGCGCUAUUGCAGCAACAGCAACAGCAACAGCAACCACAGAGUAAUAGUAUUGCUGCUAUUCUCCAGCAACAACCGCAGAACAAUAACAUUGCCGCUAUUCUACAACAACAGCAGCAGCCACAAAAUGAUCUUUCCGCACUCUUGCAACAACGUCGCAGUAACGAGCAGCAGCAGUCCCAAAACAUCGUUUUGUCGACUCUGGAACAGUUGCAGCCUCACCAGCGAACCCCACAAGUGCUGGCCUUGCUGUUGGAGCAGCAGCAGAUACAGAACAGUUUGUCGUCGAUUUUGGAGCAACAGGCACCUCCACAGCAACAGUCUAAUUUGGCAACUCUGUUGGGCCAGCGGCAGCAGCAGCAAGCAUCCCAGCAGAACCAAGACGCAGUUCAUUCUGCCUUGGUGGCCGCUUUGGGUCUGCAGCAGCCACAACAGCAGCAGCAGCCAUCCGAUCUGGCGGCCAUGCUCGCUCAGCGAAAUCCCCCCGCAGCGGCCACAGCAGCCAUCGACGUGGGGUCUCUCCUGUCCGCGGCCACUGGAGUUGCAACCGGAACUCAGCAGACGGCCACUGCAAACCCCGCACCCUCAGAGCGCAGUGCCGCUUUGGCAGAGGUGCUGUCUGUACUCUCCCGAACUGAUCCCGAAAACAAGACGUUUGGCCAGGCGUCAUCCACGACGGCACCGCUCGCCAACUUGGAUGCGAGUCAGCUCCAGAGCCUGAUGGCAAGGGCACAGGCUCCCACAGGUAAUGCGGUUGCCGCCGCUUCGCUUCAACAAGGUACCAUGGAUCCUGCCCGUCUGCAGAGUCUCCUGGGUGGGGCGCAGGUAUCUUCUCAGAUCGCGUCGGCUGCUCCCGCCGCCUCUCUUUCGGAUCAAGGACACCUGGCCAACAUGCUUGCCGCAGCGGCCACAGCUACCGCGAAUACCUCUGAAGACAACGGAACCUCAGGCGAACGCAAGUAAUUCCAACCACCACCCCCCUCAGCAGAACUUCGGAGCAGGCAACGCCGCGUUGUUUGGAGUUUCGGGUCAAGGAAUCCAGAGUCCUCUUGCUCUAACGCAGUCGUCGAGUUCAAACCCUCCUGGUUUGACAUCGGCAGUUGGCAGACUCGAUGCAGCUACUAUUUUGCAAUUUCUUCAGCAAAAUGAAAAUGAGGGUGGUCCAGGCACCGGAAGGCCCUAGCUAGCUGGAGACAAAGUGAGCACUCCUCUGAUUGGAAGCCACGUCAAGAAAACGUGUUGUCGCUCUCGCUUCUGGUCCUUGUCCUUGACAUUGCGAGUUCGUCCAUAAAUUUAUAUUAUUUGCAUGACAGAUUAACGUUAC